GGCGUCGGGAAACAGCUACCGCAGGCUACAAAGCUCGCCCAGGGAGUCAAGCUCGUACUGAUGAGCUCCGCAUCAGCUCAUUCAUUUGUCAACCCCGCAAAGCCGAGACUGAAGGCCGUGAGAUAUAGCCGAGGGAUUUCGAGAAGUGCGAGUGCGAGAUUUCGAGAAUGACCUGGGGGUUCUCGGAGACAUGGAUCUCGAAGUUGCCAUUUGAUUCUCGGCACCACCGAAUCCGAGAUACCGUACAGGGCGUACCACUUGCGUACUUGGUGACCCUGACUCGACCAUGUCUUACGCCUAGGACUACUGUCUGCCAUUCGGCCAUGUCAAGCAGACACUUCCAUGAACCCGAGGGUACGAGUGGGAGUAAGGUCAAGGCCUGCCCACACCGCUAUGGUUUGGCACAUGUGGUUCGACUUCCUCCACCUCAGGAUGACGUCGACGCCGACUUUCACGAACGAAGCCGCCUCGCUAGUUAGUAUCCGAACAUCCUCUCACGAUUCUCCCCCGCACGGUCGAAGCUCCUGUACAAGUCGGCGGAAACAGCUAUCGUCAAUCAAAUCCAACGGAGGCACCAUCGAUCUAACACGGCUCAUUGGCAAAUUUACUUCACAUCAGCACCGCAACAGAUUCUGGCACUAUUUGGACACAUUCUGCAAAAGACCACGCCAAGAUGGAAGGAGAAUGCUUGUGCAAAGGUACAGAAUACUUGGCGAUUGACUCUCAAGGCUUUUCGACACGUCGAGGAGCGAGGCUGACUCUACAUAUCCUGUUUCAGCCGUUCAGGUCAAAGUCACCGACGACAAUCUCUUCGGAGAGCAAAGACGAGGACACCUCUGUCACUGCGCCAAUUGUCGUAAAGUCGCUGGAGGAUUGUAGGUUCAAACGCUUUUCAAGAACCCCCCUUCCCCUUCCCCCUUCCCGACAGACCUCGUCAGGGGUGCACUCUGCAUUUUGCUGCCUUGGGAGCCUCACAUUCAUUCGCG